AUGGUGAUUGAUAUUGAAGGAAAGGAACUGAAAGUAAUAGCAGAGUCUGUUCAUGACAUGUUGGGCAUACCAAUUGGUGGAACCAAACUUACACAAUUGGAUCAAUGGCCUAAGGAUGAUACAAGUUAUGAUGAAUGGAAGCAACAAUUUAAAAAAGAUUCAAUCAUCCGACUGAGUGCAAUCAAAAAUAUUAUUGUUUCUACCACACAAGCUGAUCUCAAUUUCAAAUUGAACUUCUUAGUUCUUUUUGUCAACGCGUUUUGCGAGUCAACAUCAAUGGGAAGAUGCAACAUGUUUCCCUUGAGUUAUAUUUCAAGAAAAACAGAUAUCAACAACAUAGACUGGUGCAACUAUGUUUUGGACUGUCUUGUCAGAACAAAAAACUCAUACAUACCAUACUCAGAUACCAGCUUCUUUGUUGGACCUUCAGCUUUCUUGGUGUUGUUCUAUGCUGAUAACAUCCACUCAGAAGCUUUAACAGUAACACGUAAACGUCCAACAAUUUGUUAUUGGAUUUCAGAGAAGAUUAGAUAUCGAGAGACAUUUGAACAAGAAAAAUGUAAAUUUGGACUUGGAGAAUUAAACGAAGAAUUUGUUAAUGAACAAGAUGAAGGAGAUACAUAUCUCGAAGAAAGUGAUUCUGAUAAAGAUGAAGAUCAUUCUGUUGAGGCAUAUGAAUCAAAAAUAUCUAAAAUGCUUAAUAGUUUCGAGAGGAUGAAGGAAAAGCUGAAUUCAAAGCUCAAUAAUGCGAUAACAAAGUUCCCUGAAAAGGAAAGUUUUAGGAUUUUUGAAGAAAAGAUGACAAAUAUAAUUGGUGAAGAAAAAACAGAAGGCAUAACUAUUUUUGAAUUUCCAAAAAAUGAAGAUGAUGAAGGAAAUCAUGAAGAAGAAAAUGAUAAUGAUGGAAGCCAACCGGAAGUGGAUUACUUGCUUGAUUCAAAUGAAGCAGGGAAUGAAGGAAUAAAUAAUGAUGGAGAUAAGAAUCAAAAAGAAGGUGAAACUGAAGUAAAAGGGAAAGAUGGAAAGAACAAUGAAAAUGACAAUGAUGAAGAGAAAAAAGAUGAUGAUGCUGAAGAAACAAAUAAUCAUGAAGAGACUAUUCAACAAACUGAAAAUGAAAAUUUGUUGGAUAAAGUUGUUGACAACAUUGUGGACAAUGUCCUUUGA